AUGGUGACUUUGACACAUCCGGAAUGGAACCAGGAAACGGGCGGGCUAGAGGUUGCCAAAGCCUUUGCAGAUCAAAUUCGUGGAAAGAAUGUUCUGAUCACCGGUGUAUCUCCAACAAGCAUUGGUUCUUCAGUUGCUCUCUCGUUCGCUUCUCAGGCACCCGCCCUCUUGAUACUCGCCUCACGCACCGAAUCGAAUCUUGAGCAAGUGCGCAAGGACCUACAAGAUGCCUACCCCGGAACUGCAACUAAAAUUGUGGUUCUCGAUUUAAUGUCGCAAGACUCCAUUAAAAAGGCUGCGAACAAUAUCUCGCAGUUAACAGAUCGCCUUGACUUGAUCAUCAACAAUGCAGGCCUUAUGACCAAGACUCGUCGGACGACUGCGGAGGGCAUCGAAGCCCAGUUUGGUGCCAACCACAUCGGUCACUUCCUACUCACCAACCUUCUUGUACCCCAACUUCUAAAGUCCGCUGCAUCAACUACUUCGGGGGCGACACGUGUCAUCAACGUCUCAUCGCAGGGUCACCACCUGAGUGGCAUUCGUUUUUCAGAUUACAAUUUCGAGAAGAGCAACGAGGAGCUUCCGGAAGAAGAAAGAUACACGCCCGCUUCCCCUGUUUUUGCUAAUAUUCCAAGCCGCAAUGGAUACCACGGAUUUGCAGCAUACGGCCAAUCGAAGACUGCAAACAUCUUGUUUUCCAUAGGUAUCAACAAAAGGCUUGGGGAUAAAGGGAUAAAGAGCUACGCUCUUCACCCCGGAGCGAUACCAACCAACAUGAGUCGUGAUCUUGAUUCUGAUUCUGAGGAGCUAAUAGCAAUUGGAAAGACAAUGACUUUGAUAAAGAAUCUUGACCAAGGCGCCGCAACAGUGUUAGUAGCAGCACUGGAUCCGGCCUUGAACGAAGAGCAGGGAAUCUUCCUCGAUGAUUGCCAAAUUCGGGACGCAGCUCCACACGCAACUGAUCCGGAUAAGGCUGAAAAGCUUUGGGAGUUGAGUGAGAAACUGGUUGGGACCAAGUUUGAACUAUGA